UUUUUUUUGGGUCUACAUUGGUUUCACAAUAAUUUUUUUUUUUUAGAUAUUUGAAGGAAAAGCAUAUAGACUAUAAUACCCUUGAAUUGAUGUUGUUAAUUGUUCCCAAGCUAAUAUUAACAAGAAUGUGGAUAAGAUUGCUGUUAGGCGGAGGGAAAGGGGGUAUUUUGCUAAUACACCCGAAUACAAGCAUCUAGCGUACAGGAUGGGCUCAAAAUAUAUAUUUAGGGAAGGUCAUGUCAAAGGUAUAGCAAGUUUCUUUGGAAAUUUUUAGCAAUUGGUUCUAGCUUUGAGUUAGUUGUCUUUGCCAAGUAAUAUGAAUAAUUUCAUAAUUUUUCCUGCAGAAACAUGUCUUCUAGUGGAUUGACUGGAAACAUAUCAGAUUCUUUUGAUUUGCUUGAUGCCUCUGAGUACUUGUAAGGAUUUUGCCUGUUGUCCUGUUGUUUAAAGCUAGUUGGUUUUGGUGUUAAUUUACAGAGACCGUCAUAUUUUCUUGGUAAAUUAUGGUGUCUUUUAGUAAGUUACUUUUGGUGUUAAUUUCCCCAUGUUCUCUUGACAAGGAAAAUACAUUAUGACAGAAUCAGUUAGAUCUGCUAUGGACUUCUUUUAUCUGUUAUGUUAUAUUUUAGGGACUUGUCUGACAAUAUUUUAACCGGGGAAGUACCUGAUUUUCUCAAGAAUCUAACAUCUCUCAAAGUUUUGUAAGUGGAAGAAUUUAAUCAUUUUAUUUUGUUAUUGUUGGUAUAAAACAUAAGCUCCGACAAAAUAUCGUCUUGUAGGAAUUUGACUGGUAACAAUUUUACUGGAUCAAUUCCCAGUUCUCUUCUCAAAAGAUCAGAAGAGGGUUCACUUAUCCUAAGGCAACACUGAGAGUAAAAAGAAGAUGAACACAGUUAUUAUUGUGGUUAGUUGUUGUGCUGUCCUUGGGUUGCUAUUGAUUCUUAUGCUGGCUGGAUGGUUUUUUUGGUUGAGAAAAGGGGGAAAAGUUUUGGUUGCAUCGAAUGUGACACGGCAUAUUGAAGCAACCAUAGCUCAGAAAACUGAAUAUGGACCACAUCUGCAAAUUGACGGUGGGAAAUUCACUUUCAAUCAUCUGCAAGUAAUUACUAACAACUUUGCUCAAGUCAUUAGGAAAGGAGCUUUUGCAUCAUUCUAUCUAGGCCAUUUGGAUGGACUCAAGUUGCAGUCAAAGUGCAUUCACGAUUUACUUCACAGCAGACCCGAGAAUUUGAAUUUGAGGGAAAAGGAUAAAGUCAUCAAGUCUGAUGAAAAUUUGCCAACUGAGGACCAUGCAGAACAGGAAUAUGCACCUUUAACAGAGGAGAGCAAGGAUACGGAAGGCACAACCAAUGAGACUGAAGAAAAGGAAAAGGAUAAGGAGAUGACUUUGGAAGAAUAUGAGAAAAUAAAAGAGGAGAAAAGAAAACGCUUACUUGCUCUGAAAGCUGAGGAGAGGAGUGGAAGGUUGAAAUCGACCAGGAUGUACAGGCAAUGCAGUUGCUGGCAACAAAAAAAGAAAUGGACCCUAUGUUUUUUGUUAAGUUGGGUUCUGACAAGGAUAUAGGGAAAGGAAAAGAUAACGCUGAUCGCAAUGAAAAGAGCAGAAAGCCCUUGAGCAUGAAUGAGUUCUUCAAGACUGGCGAUGGCAAACGGUACUACAGUUCAGGUGGCCGAGGACAAGGAAGAGGACGGUGCACCUUUCGGUUGUGGUUUUGGAGUUAGGGACACAAACUAUAUCACCAAAGCCCCUAUAGAAUAUAGAAAGCGCAAGCUGUAUAUAUUUAAAAUAUUCUAUUUUUGGUAAUAUAAAAUAUAUUAUAAUAUUAUUUCUUGUAAGAUAAGAAAUCCUCUUGUAUAUGUACCCAUCUUAUGGGAUGAAUCGAGUAAUAGAAUAAAAAAUAU